UUUAUCGCCCUUUUCUUUUCGUUCUUAUUCCUACUAAUCGUAGGCAUUGCAAUUAUUAGAGGUUGAAGGAAGGAAUUAUGGAUGAGAAAUGGAUCGUCUCUUUGAAGGAGCUGAAGAAAGUGGGGCUCUUAGCUGCUCCCAUGGUGGCCUUCUCGGUGUUGCAGCAGCUUUUGCCCUUCGUGUCAAUAAUAAUGGUUGGUCAUCUGGGUGAACUUCAACUUUCCGGUGUAUCCAUAGCCACUUCUUUCAUUAUCGUCACCGGAAAGUGCUUCCUGUUUGGGAUGUCUGGGGCAUUGGAAACUCUAUGCGGGCAAGCUUAUGGAGCAGAGCAGUAUCAGAAGCUUGGGACCUAUACUUAUUCUGCAAUUAUCAGUCUUUUAAUUGUUUGUGUUCCGAUAACUAUUCUUUGGGUUUUCACCGAGAAGAUACUGAUACUUAUAGGCCAAGACCCUGCAAUCUCACAUGUGGCCUACAGAUAUGCACUUGCUUUCAUCCCUGCCAUAUAUGGAUACGCCAUACUUCAAGCACUGGUUCGAUAUUUUCAGACCCAAAGCUUGGUUCUUCCCAUGUUGUAUAUUUCACUUGCAGCUUUGUGUUUCCACAUACCUUUCUGCUGGGCACUAGUGCUUAAAUCGGGGUUAGGGACGAUCGGAGCCGCGUUUUCGAUAGGUUUAUCGACUUUUUUGAAUGUGGUAUUUCUUGCCUUUUAUAUGAAAUUUUCCUCAAAAUGUGAUAAAACUCGUUCUGCUUUCUCCAAAGAAGUUUUCCACAGCACCAGAGUGUUUUUCCGCCUUUCUAUACCUUCAGCUGCAAUGGUUUGUCUUGAAUGGUGGGGAUCCGAGGUUCUGAUUUUUCUCUCAGGGCUGCUACCAAAUCCAAAACUUGAGGCUUCGGUGCUUUCUAUAUGCUUGGCAGUUACUUAUCUGCACUUUUUCAUACCUUAUGGUAUAGGAGCAACUACAAGCACUCGGGUUGCGAAUGAACUGGGCGCUGGUAACGCACAAGCAGCCAAGAUGGCUGUUUGCAUACUGGUAUGCAUUUCAGUGAUGGAGACGAUUAUCACGGCCACAAUUCUCUACUCCUGCCGCAACAUAUUGGGGUACGCGUUCAGCAGCGACGAAGAAGUCGUAGAUCAUGUGGCUGGCAUUGUUCCCAUCGUGUGUCUUACAAUCAUUUUGGACGGUUUUCAAGCUGUGCUUUCAGGAGUUGCAAGAGGAUGUGGGUGGCAGAAGAUGGCAGCCAUUGUGAACGUUGGGGCGUAUGUAAUAGGAGCCCCAUUAGGUGCAGUUCUUGCAUUCGUUCUACAUUUCAAAGUUAAAGGGCUUUUCAUUGGAUUGACAACCGGCACUGCUUUUCAAGCCAUCAUGAUGGCCAUCAUUUCGCUUUCCAUAAACUGGAAAAAACAGGCUUCAAAAGCUAGAGAAAUGGCGAUCCAGGAAGAUGCAAAGAAUGAGACUGAAAUGGCAGUAGGCACACCUAAUACAGUGGCCUGACUCACUUCUUUUAUUCCAUAAACUAUCUUCAAUAAUAGAUAUAGUAAUCUAUAAACUUUCAAUUUCGUCAUCGAAAUCAUUAUGUACCUUUUUCAUUUGA